AUGGAUAUAAUUCAUGCGGGCGGCGACGUCAACACCAAGCUUUCGUAUGAGGAGGUGGAUUUGGACUUGCUGGCCAAGAUUGCAGUGGUGGUUGACUACUACCACUUUGCCGCGGCAGAGCCGGUGAAGACAUGGGGCGAUCAAUGGAUGGUAUCCCUUGACAGAAGCGGCAAACCAGUUCUAAAGGAGUACUGUCCGGACUUGAUGCUAUGGAUGUGCGUGGCCUACGGCUUCCGCGAUCCCUUCAAUGUCUGGAAGACCAGCCAAACCAUGUUGCGGAGCUGCAAGGGAUGGAUAGAUGAACCCGAGAAGCUGCCAAUUGCGCCUCGCAUCAAGGAGAUGAACGACGCCUUAACCGAGACGAUCAACGAACUCCAUGAACUCUUGCUGCAAUUCCAGACGAAUCACCAAUGCCCUCUACGUCCCAACCAGGCUCAGAGAUGUGGAUCCGAGCUCGGUUGGCUGACGCAGGAAAUGGAUAGGUUUGGCAUUCUGGCUCUGGCGCACACAUCCGACUUAAUUCCGGCUGUGAGCAUAGAGGAGAUUUGCCGAGAACUGCGGUACAUCGGUUCGCCGAACUAUCACACGGACCACCCACCGUGCAAGUUUUCAUACAUCGUGCGCCCCAUUACAGAUAAGCUGGCAGAGAAGGCGAGCGAUUUCAGCAACCUCGAAAGGAAUUAAAGCAAAGAAGGAGAUGGUGUUACGGCGUUCGGUCAUGGAGCUGUUUAGGACGGUGAGUAGAUGGCAGAGAGAAGAGGUCGGUUAUGGAUCAGGGGUUAUCGACGAGAAUGGAUCCUGUACGUAUUGCAACGAAUUGAGAAGCCUAUCGCACAGAGCCUGCCGAUGCGCACUCAACCUCAACAAACACUCCUAUUAACUGCGGCCCUCGGUCAUUGUAGCUCCAGAUAGCGGCCGGUCGAGGAUAGAUGCGUAUGUUCAUCGAUUUUAGCUUCCUUCCCGAUUGGCGGAGAUCGAAUGAUUGGCCAUCGUCCCCUUCGCAACCUCACGGCCGCCAGCUCGUCAUUCGUACUAGGAGCGCUUGAGGCGGAAUGGGCGAGGACUUCG